AUGACUGGCCAUCUAGUUGACAUCCAUCCCUGUGAACUCAAUUUUAUAUUUGAGGUGAAGAAACAAAGUUCAUGCUCUGUUCACCUCACCAAUCUCAGUGAUCAAUACGUAGCUUUUAAGGUGAAGACUACAUCACCCAAGAAGUACUGUGUGCGACCUAAUGUAGGCAUAAUCAAGCCAAAUUCAACAUGUGAUUUUAUAGUUACCAUGCAAGCACAGAAAUCUGCUCCUGAUGAUAUGCAAUGCAAGGAUAAAUUCCUGAUUCAGGAUACGAUUGUGCCGUAUGGCACAACAGAAGAGGAGAUUACAUCUGGCAUGUUUGCAAAAGACGGUCAUAAAUAUAUUGAAGAGAGAAAGCUUCAGGUUUUUCUUACUAGCCCAGCCCAUUCUCCCAUGUUUCUGCCCGUUAAUGGAAUUUUGAAGCAAGAACCAUCAAAUGACACUUCAAUCCCGAAAGAAAAAUUGCAGAGCAGAGUUGAACAUUUACCCCCUCCUCAGACGCUAGUUAAAAACGUUGAGGAUGCCAAGAUUAUCCCAAGCACGGAAAAGCUUAUAUUGCCUAAUGUUGUGGAAAAUGUGAAGUCUGUCCCCGCUAAGAACGCUAAGCUUAAACCUGGCAAGGAUGAAGAUUUUAAGCCAGACAAGUACGAGGAAUCAAGACAAGUGCAGGAUGUGGAAGAAACAAAGUUGAAAUUCUCAAACGAUAUUGAGGAGUUGAAAUCAAAAAUAAUUGCCCUGGAUUCAAAACUAAUUGAGGCCCAAGAUACCAUCACGAUGCUAAAAGAAGAAAAGAAAAGUACCAUUCAUGAGAACGAAAUAUUAAAGCUAGAGUUGGUAAUGUCGAGGAGAAAGAUUGGCGCAAGAAAAGUUCAAGUUGGAUUCCCCCCUUUGUUCGUUUGCAUGGUAGCGCUUAUUAGUCUGGUUGUAGGAUGCUUGUUGCGUGCAUAG